AGUCCCCCGGCGGUAAGCAUCGUGCAGUCGGACAGCCUGCCCCUGGCCCGCCGCGCGGGGGGGCGCGUGGCGAUCGGGCCACUUCGGCGACUUCGGCUGCCUGCACUUGUUUGCGGCAUUUGUUUGCUUCCCGAGGCAAGCAGGCCGCCUGCACUUGUUUGCGGCGUCAGGGAGUCACACGUUUGUCGCCUAGAGUGAUAUUGCACUGCCUUUCAUUUGACACGUUUGAUCGCCUUGAGUGGUCUUCAAUUGAUUUGUUUUUCACACGUUUGUCGCCUAGAGUGAUAUUGCACUGCCAUUCAUUUGACACGUUUGAUCGCUUUGAGUGGUCUUCAAUUGAUUUGUUUUACACGUUUGUCGCCUAGAGUGAUAUUGCGCUGCCAUUCAUUUGACACGUUUGAUCGCCUUGAGUUGUCUUCAAUUGAUUUGUUUUGCUGGGUGCUUCCGAGGCAGUCUCUGCAAUCUUUCGUUAUGCCACACGUACGGAGUGCAAGUGCUCGCAUUAUGCGUCGGGCGCUGGCUGUUCAAAACGGAUACUGUGUGCAUUUACCUAUUCGUUUGCCUCUGGAUGGUUUGGUGCCACCUACGUGUCUCCCACCACCAGGGCUGGAGCGGGCGACUGUCGAUUUGGUUCUAGAUUAUCUCUUGUUGCGCGAUCCACCUGUUGUUAAACGCAGUUUGGAGGAGGAGGAGGAGGAGGCCGACAUUAAGACUGUUUCGGAUAAUUUUUCUUGCCGUAUGCAGGCUUCUGAAUCGCUGGUUGAUGUAGAUAUUGGAGUGCAGGCUUCUGAAUCGCUGGUUGAUGUUGGAGUGCAGACGGUUGAUGUUGCGGACUUUCAUUGUGAAGUCGGCUGUCAGACAGAUAGUGUCGUUGGGAUGGAGGGAGGAGCUUCAGGAGUUCUUCUUGGGAAAGUGACUGUGGCGGCGGAGGAGGACCUGGGGGCACCCUCGAGUGCGGAGUCUUCUCCGAACGUGCAGUCUGAUUCUGAUAGCCGCGCCUUGUCAGGAGCGUCCCAGGGGUGUCUGAAUCGUCCCGUCACGCUCGAUGAGGUACCGAAGGAGUCGCGCCAGAGGGCUCGAGGGAGAGAUCGUGACAAGGUCAAGGGGACAUCGACGUGCUCUCAGGCCACCAUUGCCGAUGUCAAAGCGUGGAUUGACGCUGUUGCCAGCAUCAACGAGUUGAAUGCGAUCCAGUAUUUAAAGAACGGAAUGGAUUUGUUUGAUAAGCUGGUGACAGAACGUGGGUUCCCUACAAAGAAGGCCCAAAAAGAUUAUGUUCGGAAACUGUAUGAGAUGCUCCAGAAUGUGCAAGCGACGCUGGAGGAUCUUCUCGGAUUCUUCGAGGUGCACAGGUUCUUGACAGGACAAAUGAACCGCGCCGAGAUGGCCAAGUUUCUUGUGGUUUCCAAGUGCAGCGAUUACCGAAUAAUAUUCUUCGGACGCCCGAGGAGUUUCGACAAGUUGGGAUGAAGCUAUUCGUGCGCACUUGUAUGCAACUGUCGGUUCAAGAACAGCGAAGGCUGUAAUGCUUGUAUCUCACCUGUUCUUGUUUUCCUCACUUUAUCUCUCUGUUUGACCUCUCGCUGGAGCCAUGAUGGCUUCACGGCCCGCUGUGGGCCCCACUAAGCGCUUCAGGUGUGUAAAGGGCAGGAGCCCCCCAUAUUCUUCAGGUGACGUUCUUCCACGGGUUGUUUCCCCGUCUAAUUCGUGGAUUAUUUCACAUGUGACGUUGAGCAUACGCCUCUUGUCAUACGGCGGGUUGAACAUGCGUAUUUCGGAUUGGUUUGAUGUGAAUAAGAGUUUGUGCUCACUCACGCCUUGCCUGUUUGGAUGCGUCCGCUCCUUGCUCCGACUAGGCUGGAAAGCCUGCGCAGUCGACCGCAAAGUCCGCAAAAAACCAAGGUUGAAGAAGAAAACUAUGACUUGCAGGUCGGGGCAUGAUGCUGUCCUUGGGGAGCCUGUAGGGCAGACCCUAAAGACUCAGCGUGUUGAUCAUGAAGUUGCGCACGUGGGUUCGCACGUUCCUGUUCCUGCUCAGACGGCAGCUGAUGUGAAGAUGUCGGAGUUGGAGAAGGAUAACGAGGAUAACAUGCGGUGCUUACUACUUCAGACGAUGCAUAAGAUGGAUGACAAUACUGAGAGGAUCCAGGACGCCAUAGUAGUUCAGGGUAGUAAAAUCGAUAAUGUUCAGACCCAGGUACAGAAGCAGGGUGUUGCAAUUUCCAAUUUGGAGGCUAGACGAAAUCAACUUGAGGCCUCCGUCCAGAGACUUCAGGGACUGGUGCGAUCAGGUUCUGUGGCGAGUGCUGCGUCUACGAGGCCUGUGUCUACGAGACCUGCUAAUACUAUGCAUUGCACCUGAGUAUCUGCUGCCUGCCGCCGCCUCUCUUUGUUGCUUGCUUGUAUUGUGUCACGUGCUUAUUCAGUGAGACGGAUUCAGAGACAGGUUUCAUUCAUUUUCUUGAUUGUUUCGACGUGCUUGUUGAUUGAGAAUUACGGUUGCCUCAAAGAGGUUCGAUUGUAUUUGAUCUCAUUAAUUUAUUCUUCUUUUGACGAUGAGCAUACGUCUCUUGUCAUGCCGCGGGUUGUCGUCCGCCCUUUACUGCUUCCGACUAGGCUGGAAAGCCUGCACAGUCGACCGCAAAGUCCGCAAAAAACCAAGGUUGACGGUUUACCGCCGGCGCCCAGUCUCCGCCGGUCCAGAAUUCUCGCAGCAGCUCGCCUGACCCGGCAGCGUGUCCGGGAAAGCUUGACUCGUAGAGCUUCCCUGAGAGCGCAGCGGCGAAGCUUAAGAGUAAUUCGAAAACGCUGGCAGGCUAGUUGGCUCGAAAAAUCUCGACUGAACUUUUCACAACUUUGGCUUG